UUUGGCCUCGACAAGCACCACAUCGAACAUCUUCUUUUCUCAUCAUGAGAAGAUCGUAUUCAUUGAACAUCAAAAAUCCCAUUAGGAAGAAAAACAAUCCAAAUAACAGCAGCAGCUCCAACACCGCCAACACCAACAAUUGCAACAUCUCAACCUUUCUAGGCCCCUCUGAGCAGGUAGGCUCAUAUGGCGAAGAAGGUGGGCCUAAGAUGAGGCUUUUUCCUGCUCCUCUUCAAUCGGGUAUUCUAUCCAAGUCUUCCUGCUACCUUCAUUUAUCGGAGGAUGGAUCGAUUCCUACCAUAAACACCAUGUCCAUGACAGAUUUGGGUCCAAGCACUGGAGUAGAAGGCGAUUACGCGAGUCGAGCCUCCUGGAUUAGAAUAGCCGUUCUUGGACACAAAGGCGUGGGGAAAACAGCGUUAACGGUGCGAUAUCUCACUGGACGUUUCAUCGGAGAAUACAGUCCAUUGGAGCGAAUUUAUAUACACAAGACCCUUUCCAGCAAAGACAAUUCUCCAGUGUGGGUGGAAAUACGAGACAUGGCCUUCGCAGACGAAGAAUCUCUUUUAAGUGAGUUGUCGUCAAAUUGGAUCUGCGACGGAUACUUACUAGUUUUCUCCCUCUCUAAUGAAAGAUCCCUGACUUUGGCCCUGACAUUGGCACAAAUCAUUACCAAGGAAUUCAUUCCCCCGGAUCAGGAUAUGACCAUCGGGUCCAGACAACCACCCGUUUUGCUUGUGGCUAACAAAAAAGACCUUCAUCCACUCUUAAAACCCGCGGCAGAAUUCACUUUGAGAGACAAGUGCCAAGGUUUGAGUUGGGUGACGACCUCAGCACGAGAGGAUUCAAGUUCAGUUCAAGAGGCCUUUAACAGCUUAAUUCAGAUGAUCGCCAGCUCUCGGUUGGAUCCAAAUGUGGAAGAUACCACCACUCCACAAGAGGACUGGAAUUUAAGUGCGCAAGCAGGAGGAGCAGGCUCUUUAUUGUCACCGGGCCAAAGUGCCACUUUACAACGAAAAAGGAAGCCUUCGGCUAGAUUUAUGGAGAGUUUUAACAAGAUGUUCGGAAGCCCAAAAUCUCCUGGAAAGUCGUGAGACCUUCUCUGGCAGAAAAACACUUCAGCCAAAGUAGAUGUGGAAUAUGAGAGGUUUCGUUGUUAUACCUACUGAAAAGCUGUGCUUCAAUGAUGCGCCGAAGGAGAGGAGUCGAGAAAUAAACAACUCUUUGACAUAUUCUUUUGCACUGACUCUCGCUUUUCGGCCGAGAGAACCAACCAUAUUUUUUCAAUUACCGAGUGGAAACGUGGUCCCGUGUUAAAUCGCCGUUUCUGAGGAAUGUUAUUUUCUGCAAUUUAAACAGAAGAGGGGACCGUUUUGUCAAUUUCCCCCGAACUUGCGAAGGCAAAUGGACGAUUGAACGACCCAGAACAAGAAAGGGAACAAA